AUGCCCCUAAAGCAAGAUGAUCAAAGUUCCGACCCACCCACUCUCUUCGCAAAGGUUCGCAGAACACUCGCAGACCAAAAAGCAGCUGCCAACUUCUCCGUCGGCGGUCACAUCGACAUCAGUUCGUCAGCCACAGACGAUAAGAAGUCGACUUUCAUGGCACCUCAAGAUUUCUCUCCCAAUCAGAACAACGUGGAAACUACCGCUACACUCGGUAAGCUCCUUGAGGAUUGUCAGCCAGCGUCGUUCGGCCUUGGAGGAAAAGAAGUCUACGAUGAAAGUUACCGCAAAGCCCUUCCGCUAGAUGAGACGCAAUUCUUCUCGAACUUUAACCCCUAUGCGGUCGACACCGUGGAUACUUCUACCACAGGUCAACAAAGAGGCUACCGUGCGCGCGCGCACGAAGGAGGGGCAUUGGUGGUGCGUCACAACGGCAACGAAGUCAACUUCGACUGGAGCGGCACUGAUCCGAAAGCUAUCGCGUGGGCCGCUUUUUACGGCGACUGCGAGCACGAAGUCCUGGAAGUUCGCUCUGGCCAUCGCAUCACAUUGACGUACAACCUACACAUGGCGCGGGGAGUUGGCGGACUUGCUGGCAUGAGCCCAUUUUUGGAUGCUACGUCGCUGCCUCUCUUCAAAGAUAUGCGAGGUCUCCUUGCACACAAGUAUUUCUUAAUGGAAGGUGGCCAAAUCACGAUUCAGUGCGCGCACUUUUAUGCUCACGGCAGCGGCGUAAACAUUCAUGGUCUCCCAGCAUCUCUGAAUGGUGCUGAUGUGGCUGUCUUCGAGGUUCUACGCAAGCGGAGAUUGGGUCCUCAGGUGCUCCCAGUACUCAGCUCAUCCGGUAGCACAAAAUACCUCGUGGACGCCGCUGGAUAUUACGACUACAGUGACAAUGACGAAGAGGACUGCUACUACGACCGGUAUAGCAGUGAAUCCGAGUUUUCGGAUGAAGAGCUGGAGGAGAGCGAUGAGUGGUCCGAAUUUGGGAGUGACGAUUCUGAGAAUGAGCGAACCGAGGAGGAAAGGGCUGCGGCAGUGGCCAGGAGAACUAAACGAAGGGAGAAGAUAAGACUUCGUGAGGAAGCUAGGGAGCUCUAGCAGAAAAAAAAAAACGGAAGUCAAGAAGCAGCGGGAGGAGGACCACAUGGCCGCGAUAGAGGAGGUCAAAGAGUGGGACCCGCACACAGAUCGGUACAUCGUUGGCACUCGGCUAUGGAACCGCUAUGUGGGAGGCGAAUAUAGUGACGAGGGCGAACCUCUCGAGUCCUAGGGCAGGUUCCAUGCGAGAAAGCUUACAUAGUUAAUCCAAAGCCUAGUAAGAAGACGAAGCGCGACAUUGCGAUAGCAUACAUAGCUAUAAGUUU